GUGAUUCAGUUACUCCGUUGACGUUUAUCUGCGAUUUUAUUUUUCAGUUUCCGAUAUGAUGAUUGCUAGUUUACGAGUGUCGCCUUUUUUUUCGCCGUGUGACUUUGAUGAAAAUGCCUGGCGACAAAAUACAUUAUUUGUCGAUUGUCGUUUUGAUGUUGCCCCGGACGAUCGAAUGUUUAAAUCAAAUAAAUCAAAAUUCUAGUUACACGUACGACGUCGAAGUGCUCGAAAAUGGAUUUUAUCGCAAACGCCCUGGUCGCAUUUGCCGAACGGAAGAGGGUAGGAAUCACAUCUGAUCCUCCGCUCUUCUUUAUGAUGAUUUGGGCGACGGUCGUGUGCGUAGUACAUUGUCUUUUCAUGCUGUACUUUGACAGACACGUCCGCGAGGACAGGUUCGAGCACAGUAGGAUGUUAAUGUUCCACAAUUUGGAUGAGAACGAAAGAUGGGAGGACGACAUGUACCCUAACCUAAACGUCAACAACAUGGACCGUCAAGAAGAAUUAUACUUGUUGAACAUAUCUCCCAGCGAUUAUAUUAGACGUCACAUAGGCGAACAACAGUUUAGAUAAUUGCGCCAACCAAAUCUAUUUGUAAGUGCUUAUGUGAGUACUAUGCCACUUAAUUACUUCUUGCAAUGGACUUCUACCGAAAUUGAUGUGUAACUUAUAUAUUUUUUUUUUGCUUGUACUCGCAUGAGCGCAUUUUCACAAUUUAUUUUACUACUGAAAAUAAUUUUUCAUUCCAAAUCAUGUUUAAUCCAUUUUUAUUCUAAAUCACCUGUUAACUUCAAUGAUAAUUUUUAAGUAAAUACACGAGCACUUUGUCAAAAUACCUAUAUAAUUAUAUAAUAUACGUGUAUUAUAUUA